CACUGCCAUAUAAUCCACUUAAAAUCUGAUAAUCUGUGGAAGAGGCCUAAGUGAGGCCUAACUGUGUCUGUCCCCUGGGCUGAGUGGCUUGCUAGGAGACCAAGUGGGUGGAGCUUAGCCUUCAAACUGGCAGCAAUUGGAUAAAAACUAUUAUUCCUCUCCCUGUAAUUAGGACUUUAUUUUUCUUUUCUUUUUGUUGUAUCAACCUAGAGCCAUGAAUGAUGGGUUAUGUUGUCAAAUUUCGAGGUUGGGGGGCCUGUAGUUUUGUUGUUUUCUCCGCUGCCCUGAUGCCAUCACUCUUUUAUAUAGAUAGAUAGAUAUUGUAAGGAAAGUACUGAAUUAACUUUCUGCAUAAUUUCAAAAGGGAAUAUGAUGUAGGUCAUUAAAAGGUUGCAAAGCAGUAAGUCUGGAAGAUCUUUAAGGGAAGGGCAAUUACAUGGGAUUUCAUAGUUUCGAUGUCCUUAUGAAAAACUCCCCUUCCUCUGCCCAUCUGCUGCAGUUUUAAUGCACUUUAAUUCAUCUUUUUAUUUUUGCAUUGCUGCCUCAGUUUCCCCACCUAUGGAGAUGAUAGAACUGUGCCUGGUGGUUGACUGAUAUCAUUAACUACAUCCCUAAUAUUUAUCCAAAAAUAAGAAGGGAAAUGAGACAUAUUAGAAGCGUGUAAACUGUACCUCUGUCCACUACUGCCACCUGGUAUCCAGGAGCUAUUUUGAAGAAUCCUCACAAAAGUUCUCUAGACAUAAUCUCAGAGAUAAUUCAGAUCAUGAUAUAUAUAUUCAGAUAUGCCCCAUUACCAUAUAAUUGGGUAGAUAUGCUCUGUUACUAUGACACUAACAGAGUUUUCUUUUGUCUUAGCUAUAUACCACUUUCCCUUCGAUCAUGAAGUAUCUCCCAGGGCUUCACCAAUGGACACUAGCCAACAUGAAAAUGGCACUUUCAUUUGCAAAAGAAGAGAUACAAAAGCACAAGGAAAACCAGGACCUGCAUGAUCCUCAGGAUUUUAUUGAUUACUAUCUACUUCAAAUGGAGAAAAGUAAGGGAGACCCCAACUCUACCUUCAGUGAAGACAACCUGGCCCAAUGUAUUAUCGAACUCUUCAUUGCUGGGACAGAGACCACCUCCAGUUCUCUGCAAUGGGCACUUCUCCUGAUGGUCGCUCAUCCCGAUAUCCAAGAAAGAGUCUACAAAGAGAUGGAAGAUGUGUUGGGUUCCUCUCACUCCGUCAGCUAUCAAGAUCGGAAGAAAAUGCCGUACACCAAUGCUGUGAUUCAUGAGGCUCAGCGGGUCAAAUAUAUCUUACCUGUUGGGAUCCCCAGACGGUGUGCAAAGGAGUUGCACAUUCUUGGUUAUCACAUCCCAAAGAAAACCAUUGUUGUGACAGAUCUGAAUUCUGUUCUUUGUGAUCCCAAGCAAUGGGAGACGCCAAAUGAAUUCAACCCAAACCAUUUUUUGGACAAGGAAGGGAAGUUCAUCACUAGAGAAGAAUUCUUGCCAUUUGGAGCAGGAGCUCGAGUUUGCAUGGGAGAACAGAUGGCGAGGAUGGAACUUUUCCUUUUCUUCACUCACUUGAUGAGAACAUUUAGAUUUCAACUUCCAGAAGGAGUGAAGGAACUCAAUCAAGAUCCCGUAGUUGGGCUAUCAAUGCAUCCCCACCCUUAUAAACUCUGUGCUAUUCCCCGCAGUAGUUUAUGAUAAAAUGAAUGAAACUUUGUUCACAGUGGCUUAUUUAUUACUCUACAUUUCUCCACUGUUCUUCUAUCAGUUCUCCAGUGUUCUGCCAUGGCCCGCUUGUUGUUUGGAUGCAGCAUGUUCUAGAUGUUUCCCAGUUUGCCAUACAUUCAAGCUGAUGUAUUAUGUAACUCUCGCAUAAAAGAGGGUAUCAAUGCACUCCCCUCAUUGUAUAAACAUGGGUGGUGGAAAACUUGGGAACGUUUCUAGGAUGGCUGGGGUGGAGGAAUUUGCAAAAUUGCUCCCAUACCCCUAGCAUAAGAUUUUCAGGCCACUUGCUAUCAAAAUGAAGGCUACUCUAAAUGAGUGGUGGCACCUUGUUAGCAUAAAGGAACCCUAUUACUAUAUGUAUCACUAUAUGUACCCUGUUUCCCCAAAAAUAAGACAUCCCCAGAAAAUAAGACCUAGUAGAGGUUUUGCUGAACUGCUAAAUAUAAGGCCUCCCCCGAAAGUAAGACCUAGUAAAGUUUUUGUUUGGAAGCAUGCAGGAUCGGUAAAUGUACAUACCAUAGAUGGUUGUACAUGGAAAUAAAGGUAGUAACAAGAAAUAAUAAUAAUAUAAUAAUAACUUUAUUCUUGUAUCCCAUCUCUCAGAAGGGACUCAGGGCACCUUGUACAGGGACAAGCCCAACAAUAACAUAAAUUGACAUACGAACAGAAAUUUAAAACAGUAAUUUAAAAACAGUAUAGCAAUAAAAUAUAAUAUAGACAUUCUUGAAAGGAUUCACAGUUUGGUUAUGCUAGUUUGUGAUGACAACUACUGUACAGUAGAUAAUAAAUUUUCAUUUUUAAAAAAUUCAACCAUAAAUGUGAAUUCUUCUUUGUUGAAAAAUAAUACAUCACCUGAAAAUAAGACCUAGUGCAUCUUUGGGAGCAAAAAUUAAUAUAAGACACUGUCUUAUUUUCGGGGAAACAGGGUAUUACUAUAUGUAUUUAAGGCCCCUGAUGGUGUAGCAGGUUAAACCGCUGAGCUGCUGAACUUGUUGAUUUAAAGGUCGGCAGUUUGAAUCCAGGGAGCGGAAUGAGUGUCCGCUGUUAGCCCCAGCUUCUGCCAACCCAGCAGUUCGAAAACAUGCCAAUGUGAGUAGAUCAAUAGGUACUGCUCCGGCAGGAAGGUAACGGCGCUCCAUGCAGUCAUGCCGGCCACAUGACCUUGGAGGUGUCUACGGACAACACCAGCUCUUCGGCUUAGAAAUGGAGAUGAGCACCAACCCCAGAGCCAGACAUGACUGGACUUAACGUCAGGGGAAACCUUUACCUUUUAUAUGUCUUUUUGGUCAUAAAGAUAAAACACUUCUUGGUUGUAUCCCUAGGUGGCAGUAAACACAAAGCUUUCUCCUAGGUUGCGCAUCCCUUUAAUUCCAAAUUUCGAAACCCUCUAAAAUUGCCCACAUGGGUGGCUUUCUGAUUGGUCAAUAUACACACACUUUGUUUCAUGUACAAAAUUAUUAAAACUUUUGUUUACAACUUAGCUUUGGCAUAUGUGUAUAAAUGUAAAUGAAAUAAAUUAAUUUUGUGUUUAGUCUUCAAGCUGUCAUCUCUAAGCUAUCUCAUUAUG